AUGGCCGGGGCGCUGGCAGGUCUGGCUGCCGGCUUGCAAGGCCCGCGGGGCCUGCGAGUCCCUAGCCCGGACUCGGACUCCGACACAGACUCGGAGGACCCAAGUACCCGGCGCAGCGGGGGCGGACUGCUCCGCUCGCAGGUCAUCCACAGCGGUCACUUUAUGGUGUCGUCGCCGCACAGUGACUCGCUGACCCGGCGGCGCGACCAGGAGGGGCCCAUGGGGCUCGUCGACUUCGGGCCGCGCAGCAUCGAUCCCACACUCACCCGCCUCUUCGAGUGCAUGAGCCUGGCCUACAGUGGCAAGCUGGUCUCCCCCAAGUGGAAGAACUUCAAAGGCCUCAAGCUGCUCUGCAGAGACAAGAUUCGCCUCAACAACGCCAUUUGGAGAGCCUGGUAUAUCCAGUAUGUGGAACGGAGGAAGAGCCCUGUGUGUGGCUUCGUGACCCCCUUGCAAGGACCUGAGGCUGAUGAGCACCGGAAACCAGAGGCCGUGGUCCUGGAGGGGAAUUACUGGAAGCGGCGCAUUGAGGUGGUGAUGCACGAGUACCAUAAGUGGCGCAUCUACUACAAGAAGCGGCUCCGUAAGUCCAGCAGGGAAGGGGAGCUCCUGGCGACAAAGCAGGCUGAAGGGGGGUGGCCACCAGCAGAGCGAUGGUGCGAGCAGCUCUUCUCCAGUGUGGUGCCGGUGCUCCUGGGGGGUCCCGAGGAGGAGCCCGGUGGGCGGCAGCUUCUGGACCUUGACUGCUUUUUGUCCGACAUCUCUGACACGCUCUUCACCAUGACUCAGCCCAGCCCCACACCCAUUCAGCUGCCCCCGGAGGAUGCCUACAUGGGCAAUGCUGACAUGAUCCAGCCAGAUCUGACGCCUCUGCAGCCCAGCCUGGAUGACUUCAUGGAAAUCUCAGAUUUCUUCGCCAACUAUCGCCCUCCUCUGACACCCACGCCUUCAAGCUUCCCGGAGCCCCCAAGCUUUGGCCCUAUGGCCGACCCCAACUUCAGCAAUGGGAUCUUGGGCUCAGAGGUAUCCCCUGCCUCCUCAAGCAUGACCCACCUCCCAGGGCAGGCUCAGAGCAGCUGUCCGGGCCCCCUGGACUCCAAUGCCUUCCUGAGCUCUGAAUUCUUCCUUCCUGAAGACCCCAAGAUCAAGCUCCCACCGCCUCCUACACCCCCACCCCUCCUCCAGUACCCUGUCCCUACCAAGGGGCCUGCUCUGGAGCCCUGUCCCUCUACCCCUUUUCCUCCCCUGGCUCCACCUACUGUUUUGCUACCAGAAGAGCCUAUCUUCUCACCCAGAUUCCCCUUCCCUACAGUGCCUCCUGCCACGGGGGUAUCCCCACUGCCCGCCCCCACAGCCUUCCCACUCACCCCACAGCCUGGGCCAGGCACUGUCUCUACCUGCUUCCCCAUAGACCUUCUACCCGCAGGGUAUCCGGAUCCCCCAUUUGGGCUUCAUUUCACAGUGCCCCAAGGUGUGCAACCCAGAGGCAAGCCCCCUACCCCUUCCCCUAGGGUGCAGAGACCCAGCCCCCCCAAUUUGGCCCCUGCCAGUGCCAGCCCCACUGCCAUUGCUGGGGGCAACAACCCCUGCCUCACACAGCUGCUCACAGCAGCCAAACCGGAGCAAGGCCCAGAACCACCGCUCACAUCCAGCGUCCUCCUUCAGCCCCCAGGCUCCCCGCAGGAGACGGCCCCUGAUUUCCCCCGCACCUUCUUUUCCCCGACCUCGGCCCCACCACACCGGCCAUCACCAGGCCCAGCCACACUGGUCCCUCCCAGGCCUCUGGUUGUCCCCAAAGCGGAGCGGCUAUCACCCCCAGCACCUAGCGGUGGUGAGCAGCAGCUGUCCCAGGAGCUCAACUCCAUGCCAAGCCCAGGGACUCUGAGUGUCCAUGUCUCUCCCCCUCACCCCAUCCUAAGCCGGGCCCGUCCAGACAACAAUAAGACAGAGAACCGGCGCAUCACACAUAUCUCUGCGGAGCAGAAGCGACGCUUCAACAUCAAGCUGGGAUUUGACACACUGCACGGGCUGGUGAGCACGCUCAGUGCCCAGCCCAGCCUUAAGGUGAGCAAAGCAACCACGCUGCAGAAGACGGCAGAGUACAUCACCAUGCUGCAGCAGGAGCGGGCGGCCAUGCAGGAGGAAGCCCAGCAGCUACGGGACCAGAUUGAAGAGCUCAAUGCUGCCAUUAACUUGUGCCAGCAGCAGCUGCCUGCUACCGGAGUGCCCAUCACACACCAGCGUUUCGAUCAGAUGCGGGUCAUGUUUGAUGACUAUGUCCGGACCCGCACGCUGCACAACUGGAAGUUCUGGGUCUUCAGCAUCCUCAUCCGGCCUCUGUUCGAGUCUUUCAAUGGGAUGGUGUCCACAGCAAGCUUGCAGAGCCUCCGCCAGACCUCACUGGCCUGGCUGGACCAGUAUUGCUCCCUACCUGUUCUCCGACCAACUGUCCUAAACUCCCUGCGCCAGCUGAGUAUCUCCACCAGUAUCCUGACGGACCCAAGCUGUAUACCCGAGCAAGCCACGCGGGCAGUCACAGAGGGCACCCUUGGCAAACCAUUAUAGUGCUGGCCAGACCCUGCCACUCACUCGGCUACCCUGUCUUCCUGGGCAAGGACUCCAGGGAUAACUUGUGUAUACUCCCUCCUGCCCCAGGGCCUGGUCAUACUGUUUCCUGAGGGUUGAGCAAGGUCCAGGUCUCUUCCCACCUCUUGGAGCCAGGAAAAACUGACUUCCUGGCCCUGCCCUCUCAGCCACCAGUGCUGUGGCCCCGGGAGACUCACCCUUCUCUGUGGACCUCCAUUUUCAGUCUGAAAAGUGGGAGUGGGGGAACUUCAAUCAGAAAAUGGUCCCAUGGUCUCAGUAGCAGUGAUACUUGUGGGCUUUGCUUGGCAACUCAGGGAGCCUGCAGAAGAGAAGGGGAUGAUCUGCUUCCUGCCACCCCUCUGUGCUCCCCUCAUGUGAGGAACGCCAGCCUGUUUCGGAGCAGAGAAGCAGUAAACUUGGGGUUGCGAGAUGGCAUCCCUGAGUGGAAGGGCUGAUCUGGAAGAGAGCAAGGCAGGGGGUGGCCAGGCCAAAGCAGGCAUCUCUGUGUGUGUGCAUGAGUACACAUGUAUGCGUGCGUGCAUGUGUGUGUGCGUGCGUAUGUGCGAGUAUUUUGUAAGGAAUUCUUGACCAAUAAAAAUAAAAACUAU